UUACCCGGUUACACACCUGUUUUGCUGCUGCUGCUGCUUGCUCCUCCUCACCCUGCGCCUCUUCUUCGACUACCUAUUGCCAUUUUGCUUGAAGGGUAUCUUGAUGUGUGUGUGUGUUCGUCUCUUCCCACCACCAACAAACAACCAAUCAGACUUAGUGAAGAAAAAGUGAACACAAAAAAAAGACAUGA